UUGCAAAAAGUAUAGCUGCGAACAAAGGAGCACAGUUUCUGAAUCGUAUAAAAAUAUUAUCACAGCCUACAUCGAGCAAAAGUCAAGUUAAUCGGAAGAAUGAAGAUGCGAAGCAAGAUUCGUUACCAGUUAUUGGAUCCUUCAGCAGCACCAAAAACAUUUAAAUUUAUAUGGAUUUUACUGUUUCUUGCUGUAUGCUUCGUUGCGUAUUAUCUAUGGAUUUUCAAUCCGAAAAAAGGAAUUUACGAUCCCUUGACGACUGAUAAACAAAAUCCGAUGACUUAUGAACAAGUGGUAAACGAUUUGAGAAAUGAGAUUGAUCAAAGAAAUGCCAUAAUUAGCGAGCUGCAGAAAGAUUUUGUUAAAAUGGAGUUGAAAACCGAAUUCAAGGCAAUUUAUCCACGACGACCAGAAACGGAUCAUAUCGAUUGUGGACGAAUCUUAGCUGACGAUAAGGUCUACCUACAAACAGUGUCUGGAAAAGAUCGAGUAAAAAUUGUGGAAAAUAAGAAUCUCAAUAUGUCAUGUUCGGCAAUUAUGAAUCGAAUUCUACCAUCGGGAAAUGAUUUGAAACCUUUGAAAAAUGGUGUUGCAUUUGCGAGAAUUGUUUAUACAGAUUAUGAAAUGAUUGAGAAACAAGUUCAAAUGUCAUAUCAUCCACAAAAUUCAUUUUGUUUCGCGAUUGACAAAAAAGCUCCGUCACAGUUUCAUGAAAGGCUCAGAGCAAUGGCUGCGUGUCUUCCAAAUGUUUUGCUUCUUCCAGAUGAAGAAUCAGUGGACUCAGCUGGUCAUAACAUCAAUCUUGCACAUUACAAUUGCCUCCGUGUUCUAAUUAACAAACCUGGUUGGAACUAUGCCAUUUUACUUCAAAAUCAUGAUGUCAUUGUUAAAUCCGUAUAUGAAAUAGAGCAGAUUUAUGAUUGGCUUGGUGGAGCAAACGACAUCGAGAUUACACCUGAAGCAGGACGUGUAGAUAAUAAAAAGUUCAAAUGGGACCCAGUUUCUCUAAAAAUGUUUCGAAAUGAAACUGGAAUCGACAAAAAUGUUUUAACCACCAGCAUGAAGUUCGCAAAAGGAGCUGUACAAGGCUCAUUGUCAAGGGGGGCAGUUGAUUGGAUGGUUCGAACAGUUGAUCUUUCAACCUAUAUUAACCAAUGGAAUGAAGGAUCAUCUGGCGUAGAUGAGCAGUUUAUUCAAAGUUUUCAAGUGAGUGCUGAUCUAGGAAUGCCUGGACAUUUCACGGAUGAAUGUUUGAAACAGAAAAGAAAUACUGAUUUUGUAUCAAGAAUGUCACAAUGGAUGUACGGAAGUGCCCACAAAUGUGGAUCAAAAACAGUUCGACAUGCAAUUUGCUUACUGGGAAUUGAGGACUUGAGAACAGUUGCCGCAUAUCCCAAUUUGAUGUUCAACAAAAUGAUCCCAGCAUUUGAUUACUCAAUUGUGGAAUGCACGGCCGAGCUACUGUACAAUCGAACAUUUCUUGGACAAGUAGAUCAUCCGCUGGAAGAAAAUUACUAUGCACAAAUGGUCAAUGUUCUUUACCACAAGAAUCACCUGGAACCAAAUUACAAAUUGGAAUGUAAACCGAGUUAUACGAGAUGGGCGGAACGGGAAUAUCCAUUAUGAUAGUGUUAGGCCGAUUUAUGGAUAGUUAAUUUUUUGUUACGAUUUAAAAGGGCUUUCUACGGGUUUAAAAAAUGAAAAUUUAUAAAAAUCAUU